UAUAUUGUCAGAAUAGCCAGGAAACAUUCCUCUCCGUGUGACGAUGACAGGUUUGGUGAACCGGUUCACCCUGUCUUUGACUGCCUUGUAUGUAUAAAACUAUGCUAAAGCAAAAAGAAAAGCUAAGUCUUCCAGGAAGUGUUACGUGCGGCAGUGGGAGGGCCUAGGCUAUUGACAUAUACACCAGACUGACUUCUUUCCUCAGCACUCAUGGAGACAUGCUCACUAGAGUCGUUGGGAUAGAAAUAAUCCGAGAAAGGCACAAUGCGGGACAUGCUGGAGAGGCUGCGUAAUGUGAGCGAGGAGCAGGCGGAUGACCUUGACUUUGAAUACGACGAGAGCAAGCUAACCAUCCAUCAAGAAGCAGUCGUGUUUGAGAACUCUGUAGAAAUUGAGAGCAUCCUAAAGGAAGCCCAGUCCAUACGCAAGGAGAUUUCCUUGCUCCUCUUGGAGGUGGAGCGCCUGAAUAAAAACAAUGAACGCUUUCGCACCACGGUCCGCCACUUCUCUGCGCUCAAAAAAGACUCUGACGGCAUCGCCAAGGGGAUACAGAAGCAUGGGCAGAACUUAUAUGCUCGCCUCCUGGCGCUGAGUGAGGAAAGCAAAAAGCUGCAGAAAAAUGAGGGACCAAAUUCAGCUGCGAGCCGCAUCGCCGCCAUGCAGUGCGACUCGCUCAGCUGCGCCUUCCAAGCCGCCAUGAGGAGCUACCACCAGGCAGAGGAAAUGCAGAGGACCAUUUGUAGGGACCGAAUCCAGCGCCAGGCCUCCAUAUUAGGGACUAAAAUCUCUGAUCAGCAACUGGAUCUCAUUGUCAACAAAGGAUGUGAUGGCUGGAACGAGUUGUCCCAGAGCCUGCAGACGCAGCAGAAUCACUCAUCCCGCUGGGCGCUGAGUGAAAUCAAAGACCGACACAAUGAACUGGUGGCAUUGGAGGCCAGGCUCAAGGAAGUCCAUGAACUGUUCCUGGAAAUUGCUAUGCAAAUGGAAGAGCAGUGCUCCAUGCUCAAUAACAUUGAGGCCAACGUGUGUAAGACUCAGAACUAUACUGAAAAAGUCAACGUCCAGCUCAAGAAGGCCCUGCAGUACAAGAGAAAAAAUCCUUUUCAGCAGCUUUGCCCAUGUUUUCCUUGUUGGAGACAAUAAAGUCCCUUUUGGAAGAUUCACAGACUGUUCUUCUUCCAUAAACAUUGUUGGUACACACCACUCAUUCAUUAUACUGGCUGAUACUGGGGCUAUUCUACGACAUUGUUCUGGGGGACACAUUUCCAGACUACUUUUACCGGGUUCUUAUUUUCUAUAUCCUGUUUCUGCCACACAUUUACCCCACCAACGGGCUGAUAUGGCUAAUAUUAAAGUCAUGAAUUUAAAAAAGCAAUCUAUCAAAGAUUCUGCACAUGCUGCUACAGAAUAUGACAGAAGGACUCUGAUUUUUUUUUAGAGGUCUGUUGCGAAAACACAAGUCAAAGGUUGUCUAUAGUCAAUAACAGUAGCUGUGCUGUUUUUAGGAGUCUGUUGUAUUAGUUGUAUUAAUGUGGUGUAAACAAAGAAUAAUCAGACUGUAAAGGUGACUUUAGGGGUGUUAUUCCAUGUCUACGGGGCUCUGAUAAUGGUAAAGCUUGUACAAGGUCAGGCAAAAUAAUGUGACACAUUUGUAGGUUAAAUAAAAGGCAAAUAAAGUCAAGAAACAAAAAAAGUGUUUUUAUUUUCGAAAAGUACAUAUAAUGCCAUUCUGUUUCAUUAUGUUUUAAAAAUUAAAUCAGUCGGCCGGUUGAUUUUGGUUUCAAUGCAGAUCCAGUCGCUCUGAAGUUGGAAACCCAUAACAAGAUGGUGUUUGGAGCUGGUACGGGAUCAUGUCUACCAAGAUCGAAGUGCAAACGGAAUGCUCAUUGUGUUGCGGUUACAGAUGUGUUUGUUUUGCUAAACAUUUCCACAAUGAAAACACGAUGCUCACCAAUCCAAUU